AUGCUUUCCAGGCAUGAACUCAGUCGGCAUCGCACCCGACCGCCAAAUCCGGGCAUUCAUCGGCGUACACGACUGCUGGUUGUCGACAAUUCAGCGUUAGGCAAAGAAGCGAACACGUGCGGCAAACUGGCCUACUGCAUUGAUGUGUGUAAACCGGGAAGACGGAAAAAGCAUAUGCCGCAUGCGACGCUUGGCGAUAAGCGGGCGUUCGUUGUUGGAGCAAAUACUCACGUUCACUAUCGAAAACACGGGAUACCUUCAACUGAUACUAAUAACAUCGUACUUUUGGUGAGUUUGUUUAUACAAUCCUCUCCGGUCGCUCCCCUUUCCCUCCCCUGCCCUUUAUUUUUUAUUGUUCAACGAGUCUACAGUUGGUUUAUAGGUGACGAUGAAGGCAAUCCGCUUGGAACGCGAAUACUUAUGCCUGUACCUGCCGUAUUACAACGAAAACGAGAUAAUUUGCAGCUCGCGAAAGUUUUAUCACUUGCUACAAAAUAUUUUUGA